AUGUCUAAAAAGAAACUGAAGAAAUUGACUGGAAAGGAAGACUAUUUGGAUGGCCGGGAUGACAAAAACUCUGAAGACACGAGAUCUUAUAACCAUACUAUGAAAGGAGAGACAGAAUUUCGGAGAUUCAAAAUAGAGAAAGAUGGGCAAGAGAAGAAGCAAGACCAAAGUUCUAAUAUUUCUCAUGGCACUGAUGGAAGAUCCCAAGGAGAAUCUCCAAAUAGAAGCAAAACCACAGACAAUUCUUUAAUCCAAACUGAAAAGCAAAAGAGAAUAGUUAUCCAAUUUAAAGCCAAAGAAGUUAAACAUGGAAAAAGUACACGCACUCCUGAUGUAGUGACUGCUAGCAGGGAAAGUUUUAACAAAAGUAAUUUUGGUGGAACAGAAGGAAAAAGACUCUGGCAUAGCUUUGCAGUUCAGAGGGACAAGGCACUGAAGAAGAAGACAGAGAAAGCUGAACUCUGCAAACUGAAGUUAAAAGCAGAACAAACUAUGUUGGAAAAAUUUAAGUCAUCUGCGUGCGAUUAUGUACCACAUAAAAAGGCAGAGGGAUCAAAAACACGGAGUGAAGAUAUCAGAAUUCCAAAAAAGCCAUCUGACACCUCUGCAGGGACUCUGCAUGAUGAUAGGGCUUUCACUAAGAAGCCAAAUACAUUGUCUAGGACUUGGGAAGAAGAGUAUGAAGAAGAAUAUAAGGAGUUUUCUAAGAAAAAACGGCAUGUGAAUAAACAUACACCAUCACGCUAUUCAGUUGAAACACCACAACGAUGGGACUCUUGUAAACGGAAAAAACAGGAUGCUGAUUCUGAUAAAGCUACUGGUAAUUCAGGGACGGAAGAAAGGGACUUUGAAGCCACAGCAUUAUGUUUUAAGCAGAAUUUUGAGGUCCCGUGCACAUCUGACUCCUACCAAGAAGGCGAGGACAUAAAGUCUGUCCAAAAGACCUUUGAAGUCUUUCCACCCAUUCAAGACAGUCAGAACCCAGAAACAGACCAAGAGAUGCAGAUAGUUGAAGAUUUGCAUGUUGCUCGUGUUCAGAAGAGGAUGGCGCUCUCUGUAGUACAGACUUGUGGAGAACUUACAAGUAUGGAAAUAGAUCUUCCAGAACAGGAUUUAAAUAUUUCUGCUGAGGCUUUUACUUCUGGACUGAACAUACUAGUGGUGAUUGACACAAAUAUAAUGAUUAGUCACCUUGAGUUUGUCAGAUCCCUGAAAUCUGAGGAUAUACCAGGCGUUGGCAGACUUGCAUUAAUAAUUCCCUGGGUCGUUCUACAGGAGUUGGACAACUUGAAGAAGGGGAAGAUGUUGCAGCAUGUUCGGGACAAAGCUAUCCCUGCAGUCCAGUUCAUCUACAUGUGUCUCAAAAACCAAGAUUCAAGAUUGUGGGGGCAAUCCAUGCAGCUUGCUUCUCAAAAAAUAUAUGGCCUGAGUGACGAGAACAAUGACGAUCGCGUUUUGCAAUGUUGUCUGCAGUAUCAGAACCUCUUCCCUCAAGCUGUUGUCAUACUCUGCACGGAUGAUAAAAAUUUAUGUAAUAAAGCCAUUGUGAGUGAGGUCAAGGCAUUCUGCAAAGCUGAUUUGGUUACUGCUCUACAGAAUCUGAAUGUGAACAGGCACCAGAACUGUGUUGAGCUGCAACAGUCAAAAGGUGAUACAGAAUUCGAGAAGACAGAAAGAGGUGAUGCUAGUCUUACUGCGCGAUUCCCAAAUACACUUCCAGACCUUGAAAAGAACUUAGGAGAAGCUUUAUCUUGUAUUUUGGAGACUGAAAUGAAAAUUGCAUUUGGAAACCUAUGGAUGGAGAUACUGUAUCUGAAGCCACCAUGGACGUUGGCAAACUUGCUGAAGUGUUAUAAAAAACACUGGAUGGCUGUUUUUGGUUAUGUUGUGCCAAGGAGUUUGCUUUCAACCAUUGAAUGUCUCUAUAAACACCUUUGUACAGGUAAAACAGUUGACUGUUCAACAGCGGGUAUCUUGCUCCAGGAAUCCAAAAAAUUACUCCAUGCUUUCAGUUCAAGGUCAGACUAUAAUGGUAUACUUCCCCGGGCUUAUGCUGAAGUGAAUAAGCUAUACCAAACGCUUACAGAGGUGAGGUCAGACAGUGAGCAGGAUUUAUCAGAAGACAUCAUGGUUCUUUCAGAAAAUGCUGUAUGUGAAAAAAUGGAAGCAAUGACACCAAAUCUUCAAAACUGUGAAGAAAAAAAGUUACAUCCAAGCUUUCAUGUAGCUCAAGAAAACAGGCACCAGGAAAUCUGGUCAGUCCUUGAAGGUGUAUGGAAUACAAUAAACUUGUACAGUAUUGAAAUUUUCCAAAAGUUGGACCCCAACACAUUAACUUUGACUGCAAAGUCUUCGUUUGAAGAAGCUUUUUUAGGUCUGCAGAAACUGUUGGCAGCUGUGAAUGAUAUCCGUGAAGGAAUUAGUAGAAUUUUGACCCCAACCAGUAGUUUCCAAGAUAUUUGGACCCUCUAUAACUUCCUCAUAAGCAACGAGAUAAACAACAGUAUAAAAUUCACUGCUGAGGAGCUUUAUGAGUGUGUUUCACAAGAGAUAUAUCGGGAGAGGUUAGAAGUCGGGUGUUGCCAGCUGGCGCAGCUGGAGCACACCGUUAAGCAGUGUCACGCGUCGGUUCACACGGAAGCCAAGAACAGGGGCUGGCUGUGA